CUCAUACGUCUCCAUUUUUCAUGAGGGAAAAUCUAAUUCUGCAGAAGAUAGAUAGAACAGGCUGAAACUUAACAUCUGAACAGUAUACUCUGUCAUCUGCCAGGAGCUACACAUGAUUGAGGAUUUUGACAAUUUUGAAUUUUGAAGAUUACUGUUUUCUUGAUUACUGAUUGCUAGUGUUUCACCAAGGAAACUUGUUGUUCCUGUAUAAGACGUAGGCUGGGUAGUUCAAGGUGAAGUAGGUGCUAUGUCAUGUGAAAGUACUAAUGAUGAACAAAUGGCACAAGUCAUAUUGUUGAGGGUCAUGCAGGAGGAGCUGAAGGAAGUGCCUGCUGGUGAAAUGCCGUCCCUACCUGAACCAGAGCCUUUAGAUGGCAAAGGGGAUGAGAUCCUGGCAAAUGAGAUUGGUGACAUGAUGAUAAUUGUUGGAGAUAGUCUUGUAAAGAAGUAUGGCAAAGAACUGAAUGAUAAAUUAGAUGGAUUUCGUAAAGGAUUCAUUAACAACCCAAAAAAGAAAGACUUCUUCCAGACGCUGGUCGAGAAGGUGUUUGCUGAUGGAGAUGUGAACUGGGGAAGGAUUGCUAUGUUAUUCUACACUGUGGCAAAGAUAGCAGGAGAGGUGAGUGAUAUUACUGGAGCAGUGGCAGACAUAUUCUCCUGGACUCUCAGUUACUUCAAGAAGAACUUACUCGACUGGAUUCUCAAGAUGGGAGGAUGGAUAUGUAGCAUUGCUGCAAUUGCGUUUUACCGAGUGGAGAGUGUAUCAUGCCCUCCCAAGCCCAAGACAGAUCAUGCUAUCGCCAUCUCGUGUUUCGUCAGUGGGAUCAUCCUGGGUGGCUUCCUUGUCUUCUGGUUAAAGGUUAAAGGUCAAUGAGGUACUGAGUAGUGUAAAGGGAGGGAGAAGAUGGUGAGCAGCAGGCUGUAUAGCAUUUAAAUCAGGUCACUUCAGGUAAAAUCAGGUCAAUAUACCUCUAUUGUCCCAUCUACCUCUGAGUAUUUUAUUCUUAUGAGCUUGUUUAAAAUGUUUUAAGGUCUCAGUUCAGGGUUAACAAAGACAUUGCACUGUAUUGUAAAAUUGUAUUAUGAGUCUGUAUAUCUGUUUUUAUAUCACAAAUAUAUUUCUUAUCCAAAUGAA